UACCUAAUCACCAAUUAGAUUGAAUUGGAAACCCAGGUUAAACCUUGACAAAGGAGAUUUAGGUAGACCUUGAAUAGGAUAGCAUAUAAUCGAAUGCACUUAGUUAAUUAGGUGAUUUGAUUUGCAUAUAAGGUAGACAUAUACUUAUAAGCCAAACAUAGCCAAAAUUAGAGUAUGAACUUAAUAAAUAUUUCUUCAAUUUAAUUUGCAUAGACAUAUAGUAAAUUAAUUAAGAGAUGUAUUUUUAUGAGAAACUUGACAGAAGCUGAUAAAUAAUUUAGGAUUGUAGGUUAGCAACUUAUUCCAUUAAACUAAGUUAAGAGAGAGAGAGAGACAAUAGUUAGAUGAAGUAUUAAGGAACACCACAAUCUUAGGCCUGGUAGGUAAGUGAGUUUUAUAAAACAAAUUUACUAUUUAAUUUAGUUUCAGUUCAUUAGUUUUAAUUUUUCUAUUUAAUAAAUUAAGGUAUUACAAUUUUAGUAGUUAGCAAUUAAGAAUUAAUUCAAUUCUCUGUGGGAACAAAUUCUAUUUACUGUUAUAUUAUUUGUUAACGAUACGUGCACUUGCGUGAAAAAUCAACAACAGAAAGCCCUUCUUCCUUUUUUUUUAUGUGUUCUGUUGCUUGGUAGCUUUGGAUGAACAACAACGCCUUAUGAGGUUUAUAGUGCGUACACGCCACCAAUUUUUUAUGCAGCAUGGAACAAUUUUAAUCCACCUUCAAGUCAUUCCAAAUUUGGAAAAUGCUUUUUCUCCACCAUUUGGUCAAUUUGACUAUGUAAGAACGAAAUCUUACUCCAAGGUAAGCACCUCGACACUGAUCACCUUCAAAACAUCAUUCUAGUAAGACUUGCUCACUAAUACUAAGGUAAGUGGCCAUUCCACCACAUCCCAACCACGCACUUUCUUUUCAAACCAAGCAAAAUCACACUAAAGAAAAGGAAACUCAAAAUAAUAGCUAACAUGAAAUGGAUAAGACCACCCCCAGGCUCUUUCAAACUCAAUGUCGACAAAUUAACCGUCAGUAAGUUAGGACUUACGGGAAUUGGGGGCGUCAUUAGAUACCAAAAUGGCUUUAUUAAGAGAGUUUUCUCUUCGCACAUCCACACCAAUUAGUCUAACUACAUUGAGUUUUUAGCAAUCAAGGAACAUCUCUCUUUAUUCUUGUCAUUUCCAUGGGCCUCAUGCAAUCUCCACAUCGAAAGUGAUUUCAAGAACCCCAUUAGCUAGGUUUUGGACCAUAAUUCAAUUCCUUGGCAUAUGAAGAACAUAUUUAACUACAUCGAAUCACUCAAAACAGGCAUCAAGGAAACUUCUUUUACCCACACUAUUAAGGAGGCAAAUAUCUUGGCCAGUGGACUUGUAAAAGCCGAAGCAAUCAGAUUUGCCAAACAGUUAGCCCAAAGUUAGAUUUGAAGGCCCAGAUUUAGCAGCCCAAAAUGUGGAACCCUAGACCCGAAAAAGUAAGGGGACGGAAAAUUCCCGAAUUCCCACAGACGGAUGCCAAGGAAAGGGGAAGAGCGCAACGAUCGUUACCUAGCUGGAAGCAUCGUAGCUGAAGAAGAAGGAAUCAAAGGAACAAUAAGAAGGAGAAGAAGGAAAAAUUAUAGUAGUAAUUGAAAACUAAAAAAGGCAAAUGGCAGAGAACAAGGACUUGAUGCAGGCAAAGUAUGACGUUAACGCAAAAUGGGAUGCCUGCCUCGAUCUGACGGUCCGCCGCUUCGUUUACUCAUCCUUGGCUGGAGCUUUUGGCGGCCUCCUUUUCUUCAGGAGUCCAGUGACUCGAUGGGCAUCUGUAGCUUUUGGUGCUGGGAUUGGAAUUGGAUCUGCAUACACAGAUUGUUCUCGUAUUUUUGAUGGAUCUUCUGCAACUUUGGCUCCUCCUAAACUGGCAGAUGCUCCUGCUCCUCAGGAUGGACAGGAGUGAGUUGAUGUUUUGAAGUUCCUCUAAGUUGACAGUUUAAGUUCAGAAUUUUCACAAGUUGAUAGUUCUAGUCUUUCUUCCCCAGAUAUGUCUUGAAUUUGUAGUGCAAACAUUGUUGUUGGUGGGUAAACAAUUAUGAUGCGCCAAAAAUUUGGUAUCAAUCUUGUUUUCUUUUGUUCUCUAACUAUAUCAUGAGUGAACACAAUUUGGAGGGGAAAAUGAAAAUAAUUCCUGUUGCAGGCUUGAAUUUUGUUUGAUCA